UUCUAAAUUCUUAGUCAGCAACAUUUAAUAAUACCACUUUCUCUCUCACUCUCUGUGUUUUCCUGCUCCAUUUUCUCUUCCUCUUCACCAUCUACCUUUUCACAUUCUUAGCUUUCAGUUCUCUUUUAUGCUCCCCUGCAAUAUCUUGAACCUUUUGUUCUAGUCUUUUUCUGAAGCUGGAUCCCUUUAUUUUCUCUCUUCCUUAACCACAUCUUUAUAAAAACUUUUCAAGCAUGUAAAAUUUUCUCUUCCAUUUUCCAUAUAAUCCCAUAUCCUGAAAAAAGAAAAAAAAAUAUACAUAUUUUUUGUCUGUUCAAAGAGGUAAAGCUAUUUAUCUAGAGUUUAAUCUGGCUUGUUUCAUUUCUCUUCUUCUUCCUUAGAAACACAUUUAUAAAAGCCUCUAAAUCAUGUAAAUUUAGUCCAUUUUCAUACCCAUUUCAAAACAUAAAAAAAAAAAAAUUAGUGUUUCUAUAGGUGCAUUUUUUCAUUUCUGCAUAAAUAUUUUGAUAUUUUCUUAACUUUGCCGAUCCUGGAGAGGAUCAAAAUUACACUGUAGUAAUAUCUUUAUAAAAGCCUUCAAAUCAUGUAAGUUUUCUUUUAAGUUCAAGCCAGUAUUUUAUCUUAAACCUUAAAAAAAAUAAAAUUGUUUUGCUGUUUUUAUCAAAAAAAAAAAAAAGACACAGAAAAAUGCCAGAAGAGGGUGCAGGGACAGUACCAGUACCGGCAACUCCGGUAUCGGCACCACCAACUCCAGGGACUCCAGGUGGACCGCUGAUCUCAUCUCAUCGGAUUGACUCACUAUCCUACGAUCGGAUGUCAAUGCCACGUUGCAAGUGUGUGCCGGUGACUGCCCCGAUGUGGGGUACUAAUCCUCACACAUGUGCCAUAGAAUUCCCGGUUCCUGAUGUCUCCCUCACUCGCAAGCUGGGAGCCGAAUUUGUGGGAACCUUCAUUCUAAUAUUCGCAGCAGCAGCAGGUCCCAUAGUGAACCAGAAGUACCAUGGCGCCGAAACCCUAAUCGGCAACGCAGCCUGCGCGGGGCUGGCAGUUAUGAUCAUCAUCCUCUCGACGGGACACAUCUCGGGAGCCCAUUUGAAUCCCUCGCUCACCAUUGCUUUUGCUGCGCUGCGUCAUUUCCCAUGGAGGCAAGUCCCAGGCUAUAUUCUGGCUCAAGUCACAGGCUCCGUUUGUGCUUCAUUUGCCCUCAAAGGAGUGUUUCAUCCCUACCUGUCCGGUGGAGUCACCCUUCCUUCUGUCAGCACUGGCCAGGCUUUCGCUCUCGAGUUUAUCAUCACUUUCAAUCUCUUGUUCGUCGUAACUGCUGUGGCUACUGACACUCGAGCGGUGGGAGAGUUGGCAGGAAUUGCUGUUGGUGCUACUGUAAUGCUCAAUAUUCUGAUUGCAGGGCCAUCAAGUGGUGGUUCAAUGAAUCCUGUGCGAACUCUCGGCCCGGCUGUUGCAGCAGGAAACUACCAUCUAUUAUGGGUAUACCUAUUAGCGCCAACGCUUGGAGCCUUAGCUGGCGCUGGUAUCUACACACUGGUGAAGCUUCAAGACGAUGAGGUUGAUCCUCCACGGCCUGUCAGAAGCUUCCGCCGCAACACAAGUAUGCCAUUCUAAGAAAUCAAGCUCAGGAAAGUAAUGUAUAAUUAUUCUAGUGUUGUUGAAGAAUAAAGGGGACACCAGACUAGUUGAACUUGGUGUUGUGCCCAAACCAAAAUAUUUGCAGCGUUUAAGGAGCGCUUGGUUUGAAGAUGAAUGAUUUGUUUUGUGCUUGUAUGUUGUGUGUUGUGUGUUGUGUCAUGUGUGGUGUCUUAUGAUCAAUAAAGAGAACUAGUGUUGUUAUUGUGUAAA